GAGUCAGGUGACUGUCUGCAGACAGAACAUGGCUGACCUGUCAGACGACCAAUGAGGAAAAGGCCAAAUACACCAUAAUCGAUCGCAUUUUUACGUCGUUUCUGACCAUAGUUUAGCACCGCGGAGCGCAGCUGACCAGAAGAGUUGAAGAUGAGUGGGUUGCCAGGUGAAAUGGCGAACGGGCCGAGCCAGAGUAACCACAUGGGGAAAGAUGCUCAGAUUUGGGAAAGACCCUGGACCCUAGAGGAGAUGCGACAAACGAGUGCCAACUGGUCCUUGGCAGCAGACUCAGGGCUCUUCCUCUUCCUCCAAGACUUCUCGCAGAGAAUGCUGUCGAAGACCCACGAGAUCGAGAAGCAACUGGACAGUCUGAUCCGUGACACCAAGGCCACAGACAGCUGCUUGCAUUCUGUCUUUAAUGACUUCCUCAUGCUGUCCAACACACAAUUCAUCGAGAAUAGAGUUUAUGAUGAAGAGGUAGAGGAGCCUUUACCCAAGGCUGAAGCUUUGGAGAAACAGCCCGAACAGGAGAAGACUCGGGAGCAGAAAGAGGCAGAGUUGAUUCCUAAAAUGCAGGAAGCAGUGAACUAUGGCCUGAGAGUGCUCGACUCGGCCUUUGAGCAGCUCGAUAUCAAAGCAGGAAACUCUGACUCAGAGGACGAGGAGGCUACAGACAAAGUGGAGGCCAUCCUGGAGCCCAAGGACCUUUAUGUAGACAGGCCCCUGCCAUAUCUAAUUGGUUCCCAGGCCUUCAUGGAGCAAGACGAUGUUGGACUUGGUGACCUCUCUAGUGAUGAAAUGUCCAUCGAUAGUGAUCGAGACAGUGUCAUCGAGAGCGAUGACGGCAAAGAUGCAGUUCACUCAGAUGAGGACUUUGACCAAGAGGAGGAAGGUCACGGCAAUAUUAAAAAGAAGUCAUCCAUGUUGAGUUAUGAGGAUGAUGAAGAGGAGGAUGAGGAUUCUGACAUAUUUGGAGAAUCAGACAAGGACGAUGAUGAUGAUGAUGAUGAUGACAAAAAGUCUUUGUGUCACAUUCAGAACGCAGGCCCAUCGUCCUUUGCUGAUGAGCUCGCGGCUCGAAUCAAAGGCGAGCCAGUCAGCAAACCAGAGGGAGAUCGUGCAUCAUUGGCAUCUAAGAAGAAAAGUAAGGGCAAGAAAGAGCCAAAGCCUACAAAGCCACUGGCAGCUGAAGAUGACAGUGAUGACAUGUUCAAGCCACCAAAGAUGGAUGAUGAUGACUUCUCCCCGUUUGGAGGGAAAGGUGGCCUCUUCAGUGGAGGGAAGGGCCUGUUUGACGAUGACGAUGAGGGUGAUCUUUUCUCUGAGGCACCAAAACAUCCUGCAUCUGAAGAAAAGAAAGCACUGAAUGAAAGUACAAAAAACACUGCUCACACCACAGAAUCUGCCAAGCCUGGAAAGAGGAUUCCAUCGGGUGCUGUCUCAGUAUUCCCAGAUAACAGCUUGUUCAGUUCAGAAAAUGACUCGGAUUCAGUAGAGAGCAAAGAGAAUGGAACGCCAGUCAAACCCAAAACCGAGGCCGCCCCCAAACAGGUGCCCGCAGGAGGAGUUGGUGGGUUGUUUGAUGACGAUGACGAUGAUGACUUCUUCACUGGUAAAAGCCUGAAAAAGUCCAGUCCUGCUGGUCAGGAGAAACCCAAACCCAGUAAGACCAUAGACCUUUUUGAUGAAGACGAUGAGGAUGGUGACAUAUUCAGUGAGAACUACAGCUCCCCGCCUCCAACUCAGAGCAAGAAGGAGGCAGUGGAUGAGCAGACGAAACCCCCUGAGAAAAAGAUGCCAGCGGGGGCUAUUUCCAUGUUUGGCCCGGGGACCAAAAAUUUGCUCACUGAGGGCCUGAAAAAACGUCAGCCGUCUACCAGCGAGGAGUCUGAGAAAUCAGAGGAGAACGGGCCGGCACCAGAUUUUGGGAAGACUUCGACUAAUCAGACUCAGCAACCUCAGACCAGAGGCCUCUUUUCUGAUGACGAAGACGCACAAAUAUUUCCAACCAUCCCCAAGAGCAAGUCCAAGCCUGAACCUACAAGCCAGGGCAAAAGCAGCAAGGCCCCGCUGUCCUUGUUUGAUGAUGAGGAGGAAGAGGAUCUGUUUGCAUCUGCAGCUAAACCAAAACCAAAACCUAACCCAGCUAAAGCCUCCACACCACAGCCGAAGACUGUAUCCAGCUCCCUCUUCAGUGAUGAUGAGGACCAGUGGAUAAACUCCAAACCCAGUGCAGGGAAGCUGGAGACCAAGGCAGGAGGGAUGAAACCUAGUGUCAGCGCCCCCUCCAGUCUCCCCAGUGCCAAAACAACUCAGAAAGGCAGCCUCUUUGAUGAUGAUGAGGAUGAUGACCUUUUUGCUACAACGAAAGAGUCAAGUCAAAAGAAGCCUCAGAGAGUCGCUCUCUUGUUUGAAGAUGAAGGUGACGAUGAAGAUAAAGGAUCCCUCUUUGGCAUCAAACCUGCUGCCACCACAACCACUACAGCCCCAACUGCAAAAACCACCACUGUGGCCUCCCAGUCCGCCUCCCUGUUUGACGCAGUGCAGCCAGAAGACGUUUCGGUUUCUGAGAGAGUAGAAGAGGAAAAGCCUUCAGAGCGGGAAAAGCCAGUGGCAGAAAGCCCCGAGGCGCAGCUCCCUUCAUCAUCAUCAUCAGAUAGUAGUGAAACUAAAAAGAAACCCGUUGGAGCAGUCAGUCUCUUUGGAGGCAUCAAUGUCCUCGCCAGCAAGCAGACCAAGAGUCCGUUGGAUGAAGCUGACGGCGGUGACUUUCUGUCUGCACACAGUGCAGCUAAUGCUAAAAAGGAGGAGAAGGAGGAGGAAAAAGUUAAACCGAGCACUGUGAGUCUGUUUGAUGGUGAUGAUGAGGAGGAGGACACAGAUUGGAAUGAUCCGAUUUUCAUGCCAAGUAAACCCACUGCCAGAAACACACUAAAGGCUACAGAGGAGCGGCAACGGACAAAGAGCACAGGUGUGUUCCAGGACGAGGAACUGCUGUUCAGUCAGACACAACAGAAGGACAACGACCCAGACGUAGACCUCUUUGCCACCUCAGGGAAAGCUGCGAGUUCCAAGCUCAGCUCAGUGAAGCCAGCAGCACCAAGUCUGUUUGCAGAUGAUGAUGAGGAUGACCUCUUCAGCGCCAUCAAACCCAAAGCUCCUCCUCCGAAAAUAGCAGAGAAGCCCAGUAAACCUAACAGUGCAGCACCUCAGAAACCUACAAGUUCAGCAUCUGCAGCAGAGACUGAAAAGCCUGCAUCAAGCCCUGUUAAACCAAAAGAUCCCUCCACAAGGAUUGGAAAACUUCAAGCAAAUCUGGUGAUCAACCCCAGUACUUUGCUACCUGGUGCUGCCCCCCGUAUGCCAGGGGCUAUAAGUGUCCUUCCUGGCCAGGCCCCUGGCUCCUCCUCUGGGGUGUCCAGCUCCAGCCUGAGCCCCAGCCCUGUGACAACACCUGUAGGGACCCACACAGACAGUGAGGGUGGGGUGAGCUUUGACACCCCAGUGCAGGUCACUGCAUUGCAGAGCGCCAACAAGGGCCGCGCUAAAGGCUCCAUGCGCCGGAGGCCCCAGUCCAGAGCAGCCAGGCAGCUAGCAGCCCAGAGAUCUAUGGAUGAGAAAGAAGAAAGCGUGGGAGAGGAUAUGCCUGGACCAAACCCCAAUCUGUCUGAUGUAGGCGUACCUACCCCAGGCAAGCCUAGCCCGAACUUGGCCAGCCCAGCACCACGUAACACUGCCCCAACCACUGCCUUGCCCGCCUCCUCUCCUUCUCAACCUCUGUUCACUGAAAUCUCCCCCAGACCCUCUGUCCUCACAUUGCCAGUAUCCACAAGCAGUGAAAAGAAAGACUCCAGUAAGGGGAGCAGCAAAACCCAGGUGCUGCCUUCUUCUGAUGAGGAUGACCUGUUUGGCUCUAACAGUCUCUUCGGAGCCACCUCAGCCACUAAACAAACCACACCUUCCUCUAGAAACAUUACAAAAACUGCACAAGAUCAGGCCAGCGGCAGCGCAACAUUGAAGAAAGACAAAGAGAAAAGUACGCUUCCGUCCAUUUUUGAUGACCAUGGCGAUGACCUUUUCCAGAGAGUCCAGCCAAAAUCGGCUACCAAGAAAGCUAAGGCCUCCUCCUUUAUGGAAGAAGAUAAUGAUGAUGAAGAGGAUAUUUUUGGAGUGAGCAACAGCUCCACCCCUACGUCCACAGCCAGUAAAGACACCAAGAGCAGCAGUAGUUUUUCCAAGCAGGACAUCUUCCAGGAUGAAGUAGCCGCUGUGCCUAAAGUUCACAAGAGGCACAAAGAGAAAACUAUUGAUGCAAGUUUAUUUGAUGACAACAUUGAUAUUUUUGCUGAUCUGACAACCACUUCAAGACCAAAAGAGAAGUCCAAGAAGAAGGGGGAGACCAAGUCAAUAUUUGAUGAUGAUAUGGAUGAUAUCUUCUCAUCAAGCACUGUAAAACCAGUGACAAAGACUCCCCAUAAAUCAAAGAAAACCCCGCCAUCGCAGGACACCAGUGCCACGGCAGACUCGGGCAACAUCUUUGACGAUCCACUUAAUGCUCUCGGUGGGAACUGAACGGUUUUUGGUCAGCCAGAUUUGUACAGUUGUGGAGUAAUUCUUUUGUCAUUUCAAUGGCUGAAGGAUCGGACAUCCAAUACACUGUUGAUAGACUAUUUAUUCAUACAAAUACUGUGGCUUAUUUUUGGAAGGAAAUUAAAGGAGCAUAUGAACGUGAUUUCAAUCAACUUCCAACAGCAUUUCCAAAAUCAUCUCAAUAACAGAUCAGAUUAUGUAACAACAAAAAUUAAAUACUGUUUGUCCUUAUUUAAUAUACGUGAUAGCACUUUAUAAGCAUACUAUAUGCUUAGCCUCAAGGCCUGCAGAAAUUAACAGUAAAUGAUUUGUUUAUUUUGAAGAUACCCUUUGUUUGUCCUUUGGCUUUGCCAUGUCGAGAUUCCAUGAGAUUCCAUGUCUUUAAGUUUGUGCCAUAUCAUAGUUCUGAGAGAUUAAUGUGUUUACUUACUGUUCUAGAUAUUUUGACAAUGUUUUUUAUUAAUAUGAAAUUCAUCCAUUUCUUAACUCUGGCUGUGAUGAAAAGGAAAUUCAUUUUUAACUAAAAAGAAACAUAUUUUA